GGUCCCCUCAUUCUCGCAACACAAUUUUCAGAGCCAAGUCAAAGGCUUCUGUCUUCUUCUCCUUCUCUCGGUGAAGAACACAAGCUGUUCUGUAAGAAUUAUGAACGGAGAUGGCGCGUACAACCCACGCACUGUGGAGGAGGUUUUCAGAGAUUAUAAUGGGCGUAGGAAUGGCAUGAUUAAGGCUUUAACGACCGAUGUUCAUGAGUUCCACCGCCUUUGUGAUCCCGAGAAAGAGAACUUGUGCCUUUAUGGGCUCCCUAGUGAGGACUGGGAAGUGAAUCUACCAGCUGAAGAGGUUCCCCCGGAGCUCCCAGAGCCUGUCUUGGGUAUCAACUUCGCCCGGAACGGGAUGCUGGAGAAGGACUGGCUCUCCCUCGUUGCUGUCCACAGUGACGCAUGGCUUAUCGCAGUUGCUUUCUUUUUCGGAGCCAGGUUUGGCUUUGACAAAGCUGAUAGGAAACGCCUCUUCAAUAUGGUGAACGACCUCCCAUCGGUUUUCGAGGUUGUGGUUGAAUUUGCUGCUAAGAAACAGUCAAAGGAGAAAUCCUCUGUUUCCAACAACAGCAGCAACAGAUCCAAAUCAAACUCCAAGCGAGGAGGAUCAGAGGCUGGGCCAGAGCCCAAAGAGGAAGAGGUGGAGGAAGAGGAGAGUGAUGAUGAUGAGGAGGAAGGUGAUACAGAGUGUGGGGCAUGUGGUGAGACCUAUGCACCUGAUGAGUUCUGGAUCUGCUGUGACAUGUGUGAGAAUUGGUUCCAUGGGAAGUGCGUGAAGAUAACGCCGGCCAGGGCUGAGCACAUCAAGCAGUAUAAGUGCCCGUCUUGCAGCAACAACAAGAGGGGUCGUUCCUAAAUUGAUUUUUAACUGCCGCCUCUGUGUAUUUGAUGAACAGCCUUCUAACUGUUUUGGUUAGAUUUUUAUUUGUUGGUAAAAGACCUCAUCUCAUUUGGUUAUCUUAGGCGUAAGUUAGCCUCUUCUUUUCUGCCUUCUUAGGAAGACAUUUUAUUUAUCAUUGUUACAAGUGGGGUUUGAUCCUUGCUCUCUGUUUUAUGUUUUGUCUAUUAUAGAGGAAAACAUUUUUAAACUCAUUCAAAA